AUGGUCAAUCUCGUCACUUCAGAAGACAGAAGCUACCCAACCUCUGUUAUCACCUUCACCGAUGAUGACCUGAAGGGCGUCCACCUACCCCAUGAUGAUCCACUCGUCAUUUCCCUACAAGUUGACCACUGCCAGCUGGGCAGAGUUCUGAUCGACGGGGGCAGUGGGGUCGACAUCCUCUUCUGGGAAGCCUUCCAGAAAAUGGGGCUGAAGGAGAAUCAGAUCCGACCCUCCACCAUGCCCAUUUUAGGAUUCAAUAGCCAAAGAGUCUAUCCAAAGGGCGUCGUUCGGUUAACUGUGGUAGCUGCAGAACGUGCCCUGUCAGUAGACUUUCUCAUUAUAGAUUCCACCACAAGCUACAACGCCAUCAUGGGGAGAAAUUGGAUCCACCGAAUGCAGGGGCAAUUACAGCAGGACCAACCAGCGUGCCUAAAAGGAAUCAAUCUAGAAGAAGACCAAGAAAAACCCCAAGUUACACUAGAUACCUUAGAACAAGUGGGUCUAGACGACGCUGACCCCUCUAAAACGAUCCUGAUAAGUACCAAGCUCUCUGGAGAUGAGAGGCAGACCCUCAUACGAUUUCUCAAGACCAGAAUGAGAACUUUUGCCUGGACUCCACAUGACAUGCCCGGAAUAGACCCUUCUAUCAUGAGUCACAGCCUAAAUAUCUCCAAUAACUUCCCACCCGUCAAACAGAAGCAGAGGAGGUUCGCUCCAGAGGUGAAUCAAGUCAUACAAGAGGAGGUCCAAUGGCUCCUAAGCACAGGGGCAAUCGAAGAAUGCUUAUACCCCAUUUGGCUUGCCAACCCCGUCGUGGUCCCAAAGAAGAAUGGGAAAAAGAGAGUAUGCAUAGACUACAUAAAUUUAAACAAAGUGUGUCCCAAGGAUAGCUACCCUCUACCAAAGAUCGAUUAG